CUUAAUGGUUCAGAUGUCUGAAUGGUUAAGAGAUUUGCCUCUGAAUGGUUAAGUAUUAUACAGAGUCUGAAUGGUUAAGACCUCUUAUCUGAAUUGAUCAGACAUUUGCCUCUGAAUAGUUAAGCAAUAUACUAGCUCUUAAUGGUUCAGACCUCUUACUGGUUCAGCACUUACCUAUUCAGAAGUUGCCAAACAACCCUCCCCCCACUUCCAUAGCUUAUCCAUCUCAUAAGCAGCUCUUCAUCCUCUCACAUUGUAUUCGAAUGGCUUCACUCGCUCAGCAAAUUGGUGUGCUAAAAUGCCCGUAUUUCUCGAACCCAAGAGCCGGUGGCUCCUCCAAGAAAUUCGCUCACAUCCAUUCCUACACAAAGAAUCUAAGCGUAGUCUGCCAAGCAGCGGCGGCGUUAAGCAAUGCCCAGACAAGAGAGCGACAGGAUCUCAAAGAGAUGUUUGGAGAAGCGUACGAGCGGUGCAGCACCGCUCCCAUGGAAGGCGUCUCCUUCACCAUGGAAGACUUCCAAGCUGCUCUGGAUAAGUACGAUGUCGAUUGCGAAAUCGGUAGUAAGAUAAAAGGUACAGUAACUAGGGUUCUCGCACAUGGAGCUUUUGUUGAUGUCAACACCAAAUCACCGGCAUUCUUGCCUCUUAUAGAGGCAUGCAUUCACCCCAUCAAGAAGGUAGAAGAGGCUAGCAUAAUUCCUGGCUUACGAGAGGAAUUUGUGGUUAUUGGGAAAUAUGAAGCUAAUGACAGUUUGAUUUUGAGUUUGCGCUCCCUCCAAUAUGACAUUGCAUGGGAACGAUGUUGGCAGCUUCAAAAUGAAGAUGUAAUCGUCAAUGGAAAGGUGGUUGGUGCAAACAGGGGUGGUGUCAUGGCAAUGGUUGAAGGCCUUCGUGCAUUUGUUCCAUUCUCACAGAUGUCAACUAAAUCCACGGACGAGGAGCUUUUGGGUAAGGAGAUUCCUCUAAAGUUUGUUGAGGUUGAUGAGGAGGAGUCUAGACUUGUGCUCAGUAACCGCCAAGCGACCAUUGAUGGCCAGGUGCAGUUUGGAGUUGGAUCAGUUGUGGUGGGAACGGUUCAGGACGUGAAGCCAUAUGGUGCUUUCAUUGAUUUAGGAGGGAUUAAUGGGCUUCUACAUGUUAGCCAGAUCAGUCAUGAUCGGGUUUCAGAUAUUGCAACAGUGCUUCAACCAGGCGACACGUUAAAGGUCAUGGUUCUCAGCCAUGACCGUGAUAGGGGCCGUGUGAGUCUCUCUACAAAGAAGCUGGAGCCUACACCUGGUGACAUGAUUCGUAAUCCUACCCUCGUUUUUGAGAAGGCCGAGGAGAUGGCUCAAACAUUCAGGCAAAGAAUUGCUCAAGCCGAAGCAUUGGCUCGUGCAGAUAUACUAAGAUUCCAACCCGAGAGUGGAUUGAGUCUGAGCUCUGAUGGGGUUUUAGGCCCAUUGGGCCCCAACUUCCCCGCAGAUGGAUUGGAUCUGAGCAGCAUUCCUCUUGCUGAAGAUUCAUUUGAUUCGAAUGAAAUCCCCCCUGCUGAAGAAUCAUUCGAUUUGAAUGAAAUUCUCCGUUCUAAAGAUUCAUUGUUUUGAGCACACAUCAAGUGUUUUAUGUGGGGCACAGCUCUUUGUGACAGGUAAUGUAUGUAGGUAGUAACUGUAAUACGGUUGGAUGAAUAGAGGCCUUCCUGUAUUAUGCUAUAGUGAAAAAUAUUGAUCACAACUGUACACUUAUGGCGGACGAUACCAAAAUUGAUUUUGAGAGACUUCAAAACGUCCUUGGACGAAAAGGCUAUUGUGUUG